AUGGCGAGCGCCGGCUUCCAAGUGGUGGGAUUCGUCGCUGGCUUGGUUGGGUGGUUCAUGGCCUGCGUUGCUAUGGCGAUCCCACAGUGGAAGAUCCGCAACCUCGGCGGCAGUACAAUUCUGACAGUGGAGGAGGGCUGGGUGGGGAUCUGGAUGAGCUGCAUCAACGACAGUGGGGGUCUCCUGAGCUGCGAUGUGUACGAUUCACUGCUAGCCCUGCCAUCUGACCUCCAGGCAGCCCGGGCCCUCAUGUGCUUGGCUGUGGCAUUGGGCAUUUUCGCUGCGGUGGUGUCAUGCGGGGGCUUGAAGUGCACCAAGUUUGCAAGGGCUGAGGAAAGGUUCAAAGCCUCACUGACUGUAACUGGAGGGAUUUUAUUCAUCAUGGCAGGAAUAUGUGUCCUGAUUCCUGUCUCCUGGACUGCUGUCAAUAUCGUGGCUGAUUUCUACAACCCGCUCGUGCCCACGUCCAUGAAGACAGAUCUGGGAGAUGCCCUGUUCUUAGGCUGGGGCUCAGCUUUUGUGCUUGUCCUCGGGGGAAGCAUCCUCUGCUGCUCAUGUCCAGCAGCUGGUGAGCACAGUGAAGGCUACGUGAGGAAUCGUACUCACUAUCAGCUCACGGCCCCUGCAAACAGGUAA